CAUCUCUGCAACGACCACAUCGGCCGCAAAAGCACCAACAACCUCUGCCUCACUUGCAAGUGGAAGGACUGCUCCACCACCUGCGCCAAGCGCGAUCACAUCACCAGCCAUCUGAGAGUGCACACCCCACUCAAGCCCCACACCUGCGACAUCUGCUCCAAGUCCUUCAAGCGCCCCCAAGAUCUGAAGAAGCACGAGAAGAUCCAC